AUGGGUAUAAAGAAGAUAUUUAUGAAGAAAGAUCCUACGGAGGAGGAGAUACUCGAGGGUCUAAAUAGAGCGGGUAUAACUACAAAGUCAGGUAAUUCUAGAGAAGAGAAAUUUGGUGCUUUUAAAAAUUAUGCCCAGGAGAGGGCACAAAUGAAAAGUGGCUUUAAACCUGUUAAUCCAUAUGCAAAUGCUCAAGUGAACGAUCCUGCACAAAACCCGUAUGCUAAUAGUCAGAACGGUAGUAGUAGUUCAGCUACAUUGACUAGUAGCAGUGCAAAUUCGUAUCUGGCUCAAAAAAGUAGUAGUCCUUACUCGAAUCCACCUACAUCGAGUGCCAGUACCUCUACCGCCACCACCAAAAGCACAUACUCACCAUAUGGGCAGCAGCGUUCACAGACGAGGGGUGCGUCACAAUAUGAAAUGUACCUGAGGCCAACUAGCCGACAACCAGUGCCUACACCUUCACCUCAACAUGCCAAUCCAUAUGGUCUGUCAAGAGCACGAGUAACGGCAGACUCGACAGUAGCAGUAGCAGCAGCGGCAGCGGCACCACUGCGGCCAAGAAGUGCUGGCGCUGGUGCUACUGCUAAUGCUGGUGCUGGUGCUGGUUUUGGCGAUGGUUUUGGUGCUAAUUCCGUGAGCAGAGUCACCACAAGGCAAUCAACUAGAGGCGACACCGAUUCGUCGCUUGAUCUCAAUGCAAUCACUUCUCAUGACAUGUUUCGCAAUUCGAAACCUAUUAAAAAGCAAACUUUUGAUGAUGGAGAUGAUGGGUUGGAUUUGAAUAAAGAGUACAAUUUUGGAGAAGAAGAGGAGAUGGAUUUGAAUUUGGACAUACCAGAGGAAGUACAAGAGGUCAACUCUGAGGACGAAGAAGUGGAUGCUAUAAAACAAGACAUUAGAUUUUUAAAGCAAGAGUCUGUUCAAUCUACUAGGAACACACUUCGAAUGGCACAGGAAGCUGAUGCUUCUGGUACAAAUACAUUGGGUAUGUUGGGAUCUCAAUCUGAGAGGCUCUAUAAUGCUGAGCAGAGCUUGCUACUUGCAGAUACGCAAACGCAAAUUGCUGAUGAAAAAGUCAAAGAGUUGAAGAGGUUAAAUCGGUCGAUAUUUGUACCUGCAUAUGGUAACCCUUUCAAUAAGAAGUCAAGAUUGCGUCAGCAAGAGGAGAAUCUCAAAGCACGUAAAAUGCAAGAAAAAUACCUUAGAGAGAACAAUCGUCAGGGAAUGUAUGAAAGUGAGCAACGAAUCAAACAAGGAUUGAUGAAUAAUGCCACCAAUAACGAUGUGCAUCAAAAGUACCAAAAUGAAAAAUACUUGAAUCAAGCACAAAGGUACCAGUUUGAGAAUGAUUCCGAAGAUGAUGAGAUUGAAAAGGAGAUUGCUUCUAAUUUGGACCAGAUUGGUUCUUAUGCAAAGAAAUUGCAUGGUAUUGCCAAUACUAUGGGGAAAGAAGUCGAUAGUCAAAACAUCCGGUUGAGAAAAAUUGAAGAAGAUGCUGAUAAAUUGGAUAUCAAUGUGCAUAUGAAUAGUACUAGAUUGAACAAUAUUCGAUAG